AUCUCUCUUAUUUAGCUUUUUAACCUAUCAUUUUGCGCCGACGAACUGCUCUUGCUUUACCAGAAAGGCCUGUUCCUGAUAAUCCGGCGAUCUGUGACCCUUCCCGGCGUCGAAAAAUGGUGGCGGCGAAGAAGACAAAGAAGUCCCAUGAGGGAAUCAACAGCAGAUUAGCUCUGGUGAUGAAGAGUGGCAAGUACACUCUUGGUUACAAAUCUGUUCUCAAAUCCCUUCGCAGCUCAAAAGGUAAGCUGAUACUCAUUUCUAGCAAUUGCCCACCGUUGAGAAGAUCCGAGAUUGAGUACUACGCUAUGCUCGCAAAAGUUGGAGUGCAUCACUACAAUGGAAACAAUGUGGAUUUGGGUACUGCUUGUGGUAAAUACUUCCGAGUUUCAUGCCUCAGCAUCGUUGACCCAGGUGAUUCCGACAUCAUCAAGUCACUUCCUGGAGAUCAGUAAUUGUCAUUUCGAUAGAUUGUUAUGAAAUGUUGUCUCUGCUUCAUGCAAGAUUUUGUUGAAAGACGUAAUGUUUGGUUUCUUUGGUUUCUAGACUCCUUAUGGUUUAUUACACUUUCGUCUCUAUUGAUAGAAUCAAUUAUAUGAAGUAGUUACUUAGUUUUUU